AUGGCAUCCACCACUAUCCUCAUCGCUCUCCUUCUUAUCAGCUGGUUCCUCACCACGCUCCUCAUCCUUCUCCUCACCCUCACUGUCUUCUUUUUCAAGGAGACAUACACCAUGCGCUUCCACAUCAACCAGAUCCCCACUCCCACCACCACACCCAUCACUGAACAAGCUCUCAACUGGGCAAACAACAGAGCACAAGUAAUGUCCCCUAUUGAGCUCGCAACUGUCCCCUUUACUGAUCUUCUUAGUGCCCUUCUGGGCUUCGUCCUCACCACCCUCCUCUCCAUCCUCGCCCUCACCCUCAUCAUCCCCCUCACCCUUUGCACCACAAUCCAGCACCUGGAGUGCAAACACCAGUGGGCCUUCAACAUCACCACCAUGGCUCAGCACCCCCUCCCACAUACAACCACCACCCUCCCUGUGAUUGUGGCCAACUGGGAUUCUAACAAUCCCACCCAAGUAGCGCCAACCCCUUACCCUUCCCACCUCCAGACACUAGAAGAGUGUUUCAUGGCUGGGAUAGUAGAAAUGCCGGUUCCCAUUCAGCCUAUCUUAAGCUUCCCUUCCCAGCAAGAAUCUGAUGACUCUUUGCUAGAAUUUCUCAAUGAAGGAGGCUUCCGUUAUCCAUUUGCACCCCUGCCAAAUGUCACUUGUCAACCAUUCCUGAUACCAGGACCCCCAGAAUCUUCUGACAGCAAUGCUAUAGUCUUACAUCAAUUCCCUGGACUGCUGGGAAUCCCUCACAAUACCUUGGAAGCAUCCACCAGAUCCUACCAUGUCGCUCCUGCACAGGUUUUCCCAUCCUCAUCACCUAUAAACACCUCAUCCUCCUCAAAUCCUGAUAGCCCCCCUGCUGCAUCUACUGAUUCUCCCAAUAUGCCACCUCUUGCCUCUGACACCUCUGAUAAUGGAAGUCUUGACCACACUCCCAAUCUGCAGCUAUUAGCAAAUGUCAGCAAGUAUAUCACAGCAUCAGAAGGGUAUAGCAGCAAUCCCCAGGAAUUUGUGGUCUAUAGCGACAACAUAAUCCAGCACCCCUCCAAUGAUGUUACCAGAUCCUGGUGA